CUUUUCCGCAAUUUACUUCCUAGUCUCAUAAUGUGUAUUUUUUCUGUGAGUGUGGAUGCUUUUUAAAUUAUUUGGGAGUAUUCGUGUUUUUCAGUCGGAAUUAAGAUGGAUCAACAUAAUCCACUAUACCAGAACCAAGAAACUGUUCCAAAACACAUACACACCGCGUUAAAGGCCCCGGCAAACACAGAAGACAGAAGUUUAACGAACCCGAAAACAGCCACGCACUAUGAGAACACUGUGGCCGGAAGUAAACAACCGUUGUCAAGACGAAGACCAGAUCACAAGGAAGAUGUUGUGGUUGUCGGUACAGGUAAUCCUCAGAGUAUUUCAACAGGGAUGUAUUACUAUGACGGCACAGGAUUUCAACGUAUGAGAGAUCCGCAAAUGCCGUCAGAGAUUGGCCCGAUGGCUAUGCACGACGACGGCAGUGACUAUCUUUUCGUCGAGGGGGCAAUGUCAAGUGACGGCCGCGCAUCAGAAAGGCCCGAAAGCGUCAAUACGAACGUUGAUAGCAUAUACCCGGGCCGACGAUUUAGGGCAGAACUAAGCCGUCGAGUUAUGGCCAACCAAGGACAUGACGUUAACGUUUCCACCUCAAUGACGGACCUUGAAACGUUAAACGUCUCAAUCAACGUCAGUCUAAACAUCGCUGAACUUCUCCGAUCUUACCAGGGCAGUACGAACGGGAAUCGAAAUACAUCAAACAAUACCGAGAACGAAACGUCUACAAAUCUUUAAAAGACAACGCUCUCUUUUGAAACGACGCCUGUAAUAGACUAUAAGUAUCUGCCAUGGCCGCUCGAGUAAGAUAGGUUCAUCCCAACCCGAGCGUAGGGUGUUUUACGGAAACGAGGUUUACCGAGUUACCGCAAAACACUCCGUGCGAGGGUUGGAUGAACCCAUCUUACACGAGCGACCAAGGUAGAAGUUUUUUCUCCUACAUCAUUUAAACAAAAUACAGCUAAAAUGUAUUUUUAGCUGGACCUCUUUUGUUCGUUAUGAUAUAUAUCGCGAAUAGACAUGUGAUAAUUUGUGGUUGUCAUAGAUAUUCGCGCAGUGACUCAAAAUAUGUAAAUAUUCAAAUCGUUCUUAAUAUAGAUCUGUGGAGAGUGCAGCCUUAUUUACUGAAAUCACCAUGAAAUCCUUUUUAGGUGCCCUUUGAAGUGAGAAAUAAUUAUUUUAAAUAUUGCCGUAAGACAAGGUUUCCAUGGUACUACAGACGACGGUCUCUCAAAAGGGAGGUUAUUGUGUAAUUACAAUAAAAAAGUAGUCCCAUACGGGUACUGUUUUAUCUUUGCCGGUUGGCAAGAUUGAAAGUUACUUCCUUGGCCAAGAGUGUAAGAUAGGUUCAUCCCAACCCAAGCGUAGGGUGUUUUGCGGAAACGAGGUUUCACGAGCAGCUAUGGUAGAUGUCUUUACUCCCACCUCAGUUAAACAAAAUAAAGUUUUUUUUUUCGCUGCAAUACUUUUGUGCGUAGUGAAAAUAAUUUGCGUAUAUAUAUGUGAUAAUUCGUGGUUGUCAUUGAUAGACGCGCAGUAAUGUAGAUUGUGUAAAUAGUCAAAUCGUUCUAAAAAUAGA